AUGCUGAGGAUCCCCAUGACGCUCUUCGGGCGUCCGGUCUACGAGUUCGAAGGGGGCGGCCAGUACCUCUACUUCCGCAGGAAGGAGAUGAAGCUGGCGGACGGCCAAGACGCCAGGCUGGAGGAGUUCGGUGCCGGGGUGGAGCCCAACCCAGCAGCUCUCUACGAGAUGGAGGGCUACUGGGCUGUAUCCAGCGAGAUCGGCGCGGAGCUGGAUUCCGAUGUGGAGAUCCACGGCUACGUGGAGGAUUUGGGAAUCACCCCAGACCAGAUCGCGAGGACCAGAUCUCGGGUGGAUCGCAGCAGUUGA